UAGUAUUAAAUAUUAAUUCAGUAUAGGUACGGAAACUGAUGCGAUCAGUAUAAUUAUUUUUUUAUUAUAUUUUGUUAUUUUUAGUGUACACGUGUUAUGCAAUUGGUGUUUAAAUAGCGACGGAUAAACCGUAAACAUGACUACGGUACAACAGCUACGAGAUGAACUAGAAAACUUCAAAACAGUGGCAGUAGUUGAUGACUCAGAUUCAGCUGAGAAGCCUAAUUUGAAAGGAGAUUGGUUAAAUUUUUUCCUAUUAUUGUUGUUGUACACGAUGCAAGGCAUACCAUUUGGUUUAGCAUUGGCGAUGCCGAUAAUUUUGCAAAGCAACAAAAAUGUAUCUUACAAAGAUCAAGCUAUGUUCAGUUUAGUCGCAUGGCCGGGUAGCUUACAACUGAUAUGGGCACCGAUGGUAGACGCGCUGUACGUACAAAAAAUGGGAAGACGAAAAUCUUGGCUCAUACCGGCUCAAUAUUUAAUGGGAGCAUGCUUCAUUUAUAUGGCUGGCAAUAUUGAUGAAUGGUUGCCAGAGACGCGAAAGCCAGAUAUACCGAAGUUAGUAUUAGUAUUUUUCAUCAUGAAGACUUUGACUGCCACGCUAGACAUAGUCGUCGACGGUUGGUCACUAACAAUGCUGAAAAGGAAUAACGUGGGCUAUUCAUCUACUUGUAAUUCAACAGGUCUGGCGAUGGGCAUAAUGAUAAGUUAUUUAUUUUCCAUAUUAUUGACGUCAGAAGACUUUAGCAACAAGUACUUACGGAUUAAGCCAGAUCUGGGAGGAGUGUUCACUAUGAAGAGUUUAUUCUAUGCUUGGGGUAUUCUUUUUCUAUUAAUAACUACAUUAGUUGCAAUUUUUAAAAAAGAAAAAGAUAACAGAUUAGAGGACAACCACGUAAAGCUCAACAUUGUUCAAAACUAUUCACUAAUUUGGGGCAUUUUAAAACUACCUGGUAUUCAAUUAUUGGCAUUAACAAUGCUGACAGCCAAGAUUGGAUUUGCUGCAACCGACAGUCUUGCAAUUUUGAAACUCAUUGACGCAGGAGUACAAAAAGACAACAUUAUGGUUAUACAGACAACAAUGUAUCUUGUGAAAAUGGUUUUGCCACUGGUUGUAGCGAAAUGCACCUCUGGUCCAAAACCUCUGAACAUAUACCUAACAGCAACACCUAUCAGAUUACUUUUGAAUAUUUCAUUUGGGAUAUUUAUUUACUACACACCGACAUUGAUAACAAUGAAUGGGUUCGUCGACAUUCCAAUAUAUUACUAUGCUCUAUUAGUAUUUAUAUUGUCAAUGCAUGAUAUUCUAGAUAACAUUAUGAGAGUAGCUAUACUAGCUUUUUUCUCUCGAAUAAGUGAUUCACGUUUUGGUGGUACUUACAUGUCAUUACUGGGUACAUUUUAUAGUUUGGGAGCAGCAUGGUCGUCUUCGGUCGCUAUUGGAAUGAUAGAUUUCUUAACGUUUCAACAAUGUUCUGUAGAUCACAAGAAUAAUUGCUCUACACCAAAUCUGAAAAACAUGUGUAAAACAAAUGGAGGGGAUUGCAUUGCUAUAGUAAAUGGUUUUUACUUAGAAACAGCUGUGUGUACCAUAAUCGGAAUCAUUUGGUUUUGUCUUUUCAGAAAUGUGCUUAAAAAUGUUCAAACUAAAGACCGUUCUUAUUGGUUGGUCAAUAUAAAGAGACAAAUAAAAUAAUAUUGUAUAGGUAAUGUGUUUAAAUGUGGAUUGCUCUAUACCCGUUUAGUCACAGUAUCAAUGUGUCAUAGUGAUGAACAUUUCGAAAGAAUGUAUUUUUUUUAUUAUUUUAGUAUUAUGUAUCAAUAAUUGUUAUUAUUUUCUCUGUUGAGGAUUUAAAUUUUAAUGUUAUAGUAAUGUUGUUAGUUUGUUACUUAUAAAUUAUAAUAUAACGAUAAGUUAUAUUCGUAACAUACCAGUUCGAUAGGAAUAAGGUUAACCAUUGUGAUCUGAAUAUAAUAUAUAUCAUCUAUAUAUGACGAAA